AUGGCAAAGUUCUUUGGCGUUAGCUUAUUUAAGAAAGCUUCAUCUGGUCACUCUGCUGACAGUCCUAAGAUGAAAAAGGAUUUUGGCGCUCUGAGUGUGAGGGAGCGUACAAAAAAUAUUUCUAAUGCUCCGACAGUAAUGUGGGAUGCCAUUUGUGACUUAAAUAGCUCCAGUGAUCUCGAUGAUUCAACUGACUUCUUUUACUCACGUUCGGGGAUAUUCUCGCCUCAGCCUGAAAAGCCAAGUUCUCCGAUUCAAAGCGCGUCUGAGAAGCCGCAGAAACCAGUAUCUUCUUCCAGUACAAAUAAAUGGAAAACAAAUUUUUUGGUACCCGAAAUUUCUCCACGACAUCCCCGCACAACCGAAACUACACCCAUUUCACCAUCAAUAUCUCGAUUUCAAUCGAAGUCUCGAGCAUCCCCUUCAAUGGGUUUCCGAUAUUCAUCGACGUUAGGCAGAUCACCUGCUUUUAAGUCAAAUUCAAGUACCGCAGAACUUGAAGUUACAGAGCAUGAUAUACCAUCUGACACAGAUACCACGAAUUCCCCUAAAGUUACCCAUGUCAUUACGGAUAUUGAAAAAAAUGGGCUUAAUUCUGUUGAGUCAAGAACAAGCCUUGAUUUGUCUACAAUCAGUCUUGAUCAAACAAACGAGGAGGGAAAUCAGGAUUCCAACUACCAGUGCCGAUCUAUGGGAGAAAUGAAUAAUGUGCAGAGACAAUCUGCUCACGAAGAAGGACAGUGCAGAGAAGUUGAAGCAUGCGAUUCCGACGGAUAUGACAAGUUAGCGAUUUUGCAUGUUAAACUGAAGAAUGAGGCUGUAAAGUUAGAGAAUUGGAAGAACGAAAUGAUAGCCAAACUCAAUAAGAACGAAGAAAAGUUGGCAGAAGCUAAUACCUUAGUGGCCAGCCUUCGAAAGUCGAACUUAGAGUUGCAAAUGGAUAGGGAGAACGCCAGUCUCAAAAUUGAGCUAUUAAAUGUGAAGGCCUCAAAAAGAGAGAAAGAGGGCCAGCUAUCGGAGGCCCUGUUUAAAUGCAGUCAACUCUCUGAUGACCUAUCACGAGUCUACACACUUUUGCAAAAUUCUGAGAAUAAUUGUCUGAAGAGAGGUCAGAAAAUUACGUCUAUGGAGGGAGAAAUUAAAAAAUUAACCGAAGAAAAGCGUUUCCUUCAGGACGACUUGCAUAAGAAGGAAGUGGAAACAUUGAGGUGUGAGUUGAAUAAAAGUGAGGAGAAGUACAAGGAUCUAGAAGAAUCGUUGUCCAAUGAAAAGAGGCUACGUGCCGAAGCUGAGGAAAAGCUAGUUUGCCUUCAGGAAAAUGAAAAAAUUCGAAAUAAAGAGAUAUUGGAUCUAAGGAAUCUAACCUCGAAUCAGCAGAAUGAGAUCGAGGAUUUGACCACGAAAGUUCGAAAUAUUGAAUUUGACCAAAAUAACCUCAACAGCCGAAAUCAGGAUAUGAGUAGGUGCAUUGAGUUGAAGAACGAUCAAAUAGUACGAUUGGAAGAGCGACUACAUGAGGCGGAGCAGCAGGUGCUUGUGUUAGAGAAUGCAGCGGCACGCGCUGGACAAGAAGUGCGCACUAGCUCGAGCAGUUUGGCACAGCGCGACGCCGAGGUAUCGCAGUUGCGUGAGGCUCUUCAUACCGCACAAGCCGAGCACGCCACUGCUCUGCGUCACUGCGAGGAGGUGCGCGCCGAAUUGCUUGGUGCUGUCGAGCAGCAGCAACAAGAGUCGGAUAAAGUAUUGCGGCAGAAGGAGAAAGAGAUUGGCUCUUUAAAAGAGAUGCUAAAUGCUCUUCAGAAGGAGGCGGAUAAGAGCUCCAAACGAAUUGAAAAGAAACUAACAGACAAUGUAGUACAUAUGGAGAAACUCAAUGAUCAACUAAAAGAAACUGUGCAGGAGAAGAAAGAACUAUCGAAACAAUUAACUGCGAGCAAGCAGAAGAUGACCAAGCUCGAAAAGGACGCCGACGAAAAGAAAGUUCUGUUGUCAGAGAUGGAGGAAAAAGUAGGAAACCUCGAUGCUGAGUUGACUAACCUCAACAACGAAAAGGCUAAGUUGACCGCAGCUCUGAGCACAAAAGAUGCGGAAAUCGAAAGGCUUCGUUACAUUGAAGCAGAAUUCGCAGAUUUCAAACGCUCCAUAAUGAAUAACUCGCCUCCCUGCUCAACACAAAUCCCAAAGUCUAUUGAGAUUGAAGUUCAAAAGACGCCUCGUUCACCGCUCCUCUCUGAGAAAUUGAAUCGUAUGGUUCUGUUAAAGACACCACAAAAGACGCCCAAGAGCAUUCUGAAGCAGCCCGGGUCGGAGUGCAAACGCAGACGAGUGCUUCUCAUUUCUCCUGAGAAGUCAACCCCUAAAAGUGGAUGUUUCGAGGUAGAGCCGGAGUUGGAGGUCGAGCUGCAGGCGGGGUCGAAGACUGUGGACACAAACAGCGAGACGUGUCUUGUUGUGGCACAACCGUGUUUCAAACCCGCACCUCCACGAACUCCCAAUAUUCGCGGAACUCCACAAACUCGAAAUGCAAACAUUAGGAAGACGCCUAGCUCUGGUAGCAGAGGCCGCGGACCUCCCACCAACACUCGAUCGUCAAUGCGUUUGGGCAGUGCAAAAGGUCCCACUGCGACCACAAACGCAGCCCACGUGACCACUUCGGUUGCCGCUUCGUCUUGGUUCGACUCGGACGAGACAUUCGGUCUCAACACCGAGGAGUGA